AUGGAUUCGAAAUCAAAACGUCCAGAAGGAGCUGAAGAUAGGAUCAGCCAAUUACAGGACGAUAUUCUUGUGCAUAUACUAUCCUAUAUUCCGACGGUCUAUUCUGUUCGAACCAUGGUUUUGUCUAAAAGAUGGAACAACUUAUGGACCUUCGUCCCCAGCCUACACUUCGACCAACUAGAUAAUCGCAUAGGACAUUAUCGAACUUGGUAUACUUUUGAUGAUUUUGCGAAGUUUGUUGAUGGUGCACUCUCGUUACACAACUCGUCGACAAUCAGAAAAUUUCGUCUUCAUAUUGGACGCAUUCAGCUUAUUCGAGAGGAAGGUGUUUCUCGCAUUCGUGACUGGAUAUGCACUGCCAUGAGGCAUGAGGUCUGUGAAUUUGAUCUUUAUUUUUGCCCUAAUUAUCAGUUGAGAGAGAAGAUAGAGUUGAAUCUGCCUCAAAGAGUUUUCUUGUGCAAAACUCUGGAGGUUUUGAAGGUACAUUCAAAUUGUAUCAACUAUCCUCCUACUAAACCAGGUUACUUUCCAAGCCUCAAGUUCGCCAAAGUUACCGCAGAACAUGGAGAUAAUUCCUCAAUGGGAGAACUUUUUUGUAACUGCCCUGUACUUGAAGAGUUGUCUAUCGAUGCCCAUCUUAUGAAAAAAGAUGUCAAAAUCUGGAUCUCUGCACCUGAAUUGAAAACUUUAAGGACUAGAAUUCUUGUAAAUGAUGAUGAACGAAAGGUGAAAGGGAUUUCUAUCAAUGCUCCAAAGCUUGAAAACCUUUUUGUCUACACUGAUUUGACAAGAUAUAUCUUGCGGAAUGCAAAAUCCCUCGUCAAAGCCAACAUAGAACUCACAGAUUUCGAAGAAAAUUUGAGUCCAGAGCUUUUGAACCGUGCAACUGCUUUACUUGCAGGAGUUUCCAGUGUUGAAUAUUUGCAUAUAUCAGGUCCUAAUUAUGUGGCAUGUUCACUGCCUAAUUUCUGUAAUUUGAAGCAAUUGAAGCUCAUUCUUUUUGGGUGCUCUUAUUUGGAAUAUGUAAUGGAGUUGCUCAAGCGAUCACCUAAGCUUGAAGAUCUUGUCUUAGAUAUUGAUGUCCGCUCAUGGUAUCGUGAAGAAUAUGUCGAAGGAUACGAGCCCUUCAAGCCACCAGAGAUUGUGCCUAUUUGUGUGGUGUCCCACCUUAAGACUGUUUCCAUUACUCACAUCACGGGACAUGAUGAUCAGUUAGGUGUGGUAAAGUAUUUGUUAAAGUAUGGUCAAGUUCUGAGGAAUAUGACUAUAUUCACCUGUGGUGCUCUUCUUUUUAAGACUAGUCAUAUCACAGAAGAGAAGUUCCAGAGGAAAAUUUUGAAGUAUCACAAGAGUUCAAACACUUGUGAGGUUGAAGUUAAGUUUGAAAAUAAGGGGAUAAAUUUUGUCAUCAACGAGAGUAAUGACUUCGAUGUCAUAAUCGAGGCCUGGCAACAGUACUUACGAGUCUUCUUAGCUCCGAGAUUCCAGGGAAGCCUUUUAGGGUUUUGGAAAUUGCAAAGAACAGCUUACUGCCUGUCCGGCGGCGCCCCCACGUCGACUGUGGGUUCCGGCCUCAUAGACGAGUGGCGGGUGUUGUCGAACGGGAUCGUGAGGGCUCAGGGCUCCUUAUCUGGUUUAGGCUUCGUCUUUCCGGGUUGUAUACGACAUUUCUUUCUUCUCGGGAGGCAGCGCAGGAGUGCAGGAUGGGUGGUUGGUAUUCGACGCAGGCUUGGAGCAGGUGGCCUGUGGCCAGAUCGUGGCGGCGGUAUGCCAUGGAUUGUAUGGCGCUGGCUAUCUCUCUGA